UUCUUCUUUGCUUCCUUAGCUCUGUCAACUUCCUUGGAUAUUGGUCUGAGUAACUGGAGUUUCCUAUACAUUACUGUCUCCCUCUACACCAUGACAAAAUCCUCUGCCAUUAUCUUCAUCUUGCUGUUUUCACUACUCUUCAAACUGGAGGAAGUGAGGGUGGCAUUGGUGCUGGUGGUUCUGCUCAUCGCUGGGGGGCUCUUCAUGUUCACCUACAAGUCCACGCAGUUCAACACACAGGGGUUCAUGCUGGUGCUGUGUGCUUCUUUCCUUGGGGGUAUUCGCUGGACUCUCACACAGAUACUUAUGCAGAAGGCUGAACUGGGACUCCAGAACCCCAUCGAUACCAUGUUUUACCUGCAGCCGCUCAUGUUCCUGGGGCUCUUCCCUCUCUUUGCUGUGUUUGAGGGCCUGCCUUUGUCUCGGUCAGAGAAGCUCUUCCGUUUCCCUGAAGCAGGCGUGCUGCUCUGCCUGAUAGGGAAGUUGUUCUUGGGUGGAAUCCUUGCCUUUGGACUAGGUUUUUCUGAGUUCCUCUUGGUUUCCAGGACAUCUAGUCUCACGCUUUCUAUUGCUGGCAUUUUUAAGGAAAUCUGCAUUUUACUCCUUGCCACACGUGUGCUGGGAGACCACCUCAGUCUCUUGAACUGGCUGGGCUUUGCUGUCUGUCUUUCAGGAAUCUCUCUGCAUGUCAUUCUCAAAGCCAUUAAUUCCAAAGGUGAAAAAGCACUGAAACUUCACAAAGAGUCCAGCUCCAACCCUGACCUGGAGCUGCUGCUGCGACAUACUGAAUGUGAGGAGGAGGAAGAGGAAGAUGUUGGAACUGCACAGCAGCAGUGA